AUGUCUGAAGCUGUUCCCGGUUCUCUCCCACGGCCUCCAAGUCCAGUCAACCCAUCGUCUUUCCUGCGCCCGCAGCAGAAGCAGAAUCGCCAGCAGCAGCCCAUAGACAUCGUCGAUAAGGAGCAGGCUGAGGGAUUGCGCGCUAUCCGCGACUUUCUAAAGGUUAGAACUACUUAUGACGUAUUACCGGUUAGUUUUAGGCUUGUGGUGUUGGACACAAGUUUGUUAGUUAAAAAGAGUCUGAAUAUUCUUGUGCACAACGGAAUCGUGUCGGCACCAUUAUGGAAUUCAAAGACGUCUACGUUUGCGGGAUUGCUUACGAGCUCGGACUAUAUCAAUGUCAUCCAGUACUAUUGGCAGUAUCCAGAGAAAUUUGAGGAGAUUGAGGGAUUCAAGUUGGAUAGUUUGAGAGAUAUCGAAAGAGCCAUUGGCGUCACUCCAAUCGAAACUGUUUCCGUCCACCCACUUGUGCCUCUCUACGAUGCCUGUAGGCGCAUGCUAAAGUCUCGUGCUCGCCGUAUUCCGUUAAUUGAUUUUGACGACGAGACGCAGCAGGAGAUGGUUGUGUCUGUCUUGACCCAAUUCCGUAUUCUUAAGUUUGUGGCGGUAAAUGUGCGUGAAACGCAGAUGCUGCGUAAGCCGAUAAGUGAACUUGGAAUUGGAACUUAUGAUAAUGUGAGCACGGCGAACAUGGAGACGCCGGUCAUUAAUGUCAUCCAUCAAUUGGUCGAGAAGGACAUUAGUAGUGUGCCAAUUGUGGAUAAUCGAGGAGUGCUUUUAAAUAUCUACGAGUCUGUCGACGUCUUAACUCUCAUCAAAGGAGGUAGCUAUGAAGAACUCAACCUCAGUGUAGGAGAAGCUCUUUUGAAGCGCCCCGAUGACUUUCCCGGAAUUCAUACAUGCUCUCCCCAGGACCGUCUAGAUGCCAUCUUUGACACAAUCCGCCGUUCCCGUGUGCACAGACUUAUGAUUGUUGACGGCCACAACGUCUUUAAAGGAGUUUUAACACUAAGUGAUAUCCUACAGUACCUGCUCCUUGACGGUGAAGUCUAG